UUUGGGUGACAGAGGUAUACAAAUACCUCAGAAGCAAUUGUUCCUAUUUCUCCUCUCCAUCACCCUGUUGUAAAUCAGGAGUAACUCCACUGGAGUCACUGGGACUGUUUUCCCUAUCCUCAUUCCCAUAUUACAUCAGUCUUCACAAGCUAAGAGUCUGACUCAAGGAAAUUAAGGUGGUUUUUAAAAAGGAGAGUUAUUUUACUGAUCUAAUGCUGGCCCUUGCUCUUUUCCCUCCAUCCGCAGACAUCACACAAUGUUCUGAGAAAGAAAAUGUCAAACCAAACCACCAAGACCGAGUUCCUUCUCCUGGGAUUUUCUGAAGUUCGGGAACUGCAGAUUUUGCACUGUGUGAUGUUUCUAGUGAUUUACCUGGCAGCCCUGAUGGAGAAUCUUCUUAUCUUUAUGGCCAUAGCCUUUGACCACCACCUUCACACCCCCAUGUACUUCUUCCUGAUGAAUCUGUCCAUCCUAGACCUUGGCUCCAUCUCUGUCACCGUCCCCAAAUCCAUGGCCAAUUCCCUCAUUAACAGUAAAUCCAUUUCCUAUGGUGGAUGCGUUGCCCAAGUCUUUUUCCUACUCUUCUUAGUGGGAGCGGAUUUUUCCCUUCUCACCGUUAUGGCUUAUGACCGAUAUGUCGCCAUCUGCCAACCAUUGCACUAUGAGAGAAUGAUGAACAGCAGAGCUUGUGUCAAAAUGGCAGCCGGUGCCUGGAUAAGUGGGAUUCUCUACUCUGUGCUACACACCGGGAACACAUUUGCGUUGACGUUCUGUGGAGGUAACAUGGUGGAUCAGUUCUUCUGUGAGAUCCCCCAGCUACUCAAGCUCACCUGUUCUGACUCAUAUCUCAGUGAAGCUGGGGUUCUUGCAUUUAGUGUGUGUUUAGUCUUAGGCUGCUUUGUUUUUAUCAUUGUGUCGUAUGUUCAGAUCUUCAAAUCAGUGCUCAGAAUCCCCUCUGAGCAGGGCCAGCAUAGAGCCCUAUCCACCUGCCUUCCUCACCUCACUGUGGUCUCCUUAUUUGUUUGCACUGGGGCCUUUGCCUACCUGAAACCCACCUCCAGCUCCCCAUCUGCUCUGGAUCUUGUGAUGGGUGUUCUCUAUUCUGUAUUGCCACCAAUCCUGAAUCCAAUUAUCUACAGCAUGAGGAACAAGGAGAUGAAAGGUGCCCUGAGGAGACUGACUGAGUGUAGAUAAUUCACCAAGAAUUAAUUUUCUGCCUUUCUCUAAUUUAAGUUUGCUUAUGUAGUAUUUGUUCAUUAAUGUAGG